AUUUCGCCAGGUUUUAAAAUCAAAUUAUUUUAAAUCGGUUUUAUUAAUACAAGGAAUAAGUACAAAUCAUAGUAAGUCCCAAAACCAUAUAAAUAUCACUUCUUUUUUGCUAAAUUACAAGAAAUCAGGGGGUCACCCGGCCCGUGCGCGAGCUGUCAAAUCUCAACAACAGGCAGACGACGGAUUUGGGGAAACUUCGUGAGCGGUUCACAGUCUCUGUCUUGGAAGAGAAAUUGACAUACAAGAUGUACAAAAGGAGGUCUUUAUCCAUAUGAUGCUGCCAAAAUGAGACGAUCCGUGCGUUUAGAGUUCCCACAUAUCAUAUAGAAAACACAGCCAUGUGUACAUAAAUAAUUUAACAUGACUCAUCCUCUUUACGACCCUAGAACUUACCGCAGACCAACUGUGAAAUCGGCCGCAUCGCUACAAGACGCUGGUUACUGGACAGUGGACAAACCUAACAGAGGUGGUGCCACCUGUAGGCCUAAAACAGAAACACAUCCAAAGCCGUCGUAUUGUGUAGAUUGGGAGAUUUUCUGUCCUAUUGGCCCUGAACUGGCAUUUCAUGUUGGCUGUGCUAUAGGGGACACACUUUACUUGCAUGGAGGAGUUAGUACCUGGGGUGCUCUGACCCCUUCUAACAAACUCUACAGCCUCGAUAUCAACUCCAUGAUAUGGAAUGAGGUCCGAGUAGAAGGCAGUCCUGCUCUCAGUCAUCACGCCUGCAUCUCAUUGGACAACAGGUUCCUACUUCUCAUUGGCGGAUGGAAUGGUAAAGGUAGGACUUCGUCUGUAAUUGCGUAUGACACCGAACAAAAAGUUUGGUUGUAUCCAAAAGUAUCCGGAUUUCCAGAAGAUGCUGGGCUCAGCUCACAUACUGCUUCUCUUCUGAGUGAUGGAAAAAUUUUGGUACUUGGAAGGGAAGGAACUCUUCGAAGCCAACAGAAGGAUCGUCUUAGUGGUAAUGUGUAUAUGUUGUCAGGGAGUCUAGCUAACGGGGAAUACACUUUUACUGAGUAUAGCCAUAACACAGAAUCUCGAUCUGGUCAUACAACCAGUUUUAUUGGACCAAAACUGUACAUAAUGGGCGGCCGCAAUGACAACUUUUUAGAAAUUCACAGCGGCUAUAAAAGUGGCCAAUGUGAUACGGAUAAAGAAGCCAUUGAUACUCUAGUCAGAGUCGCAAAGACUCUUAAACCUGUGACAAAAAUACCUCCUGGAAGGCGACAUCAUGUAGCCCUUGAAGGCUCCAAAGGAGUAUUUAUCCAUGGAGGAGAAAAAUUUGACGGACCUCCGAAUCGACAUCCUGCUGGAGAAAUGUACGUUAUGACAGACAGUAAACUUUCUGGUAUAAAUUUUUACCUGCUUGGUAGGAGCCGUGAAGGAAGGGCAGGCCAUGUGAUGUGUGUGUGUGGGAAUAAAAUUCUUCUACAUGGCGGACUUGGGGAUCGUAGGUUAGUUCGUGGUGAUACGCAAUUGCUUCGUGUUAGAUGAAGAACUUACUGCCAGUAAAUACAUAGGUAGCUAGCUAUAACUACUGAUCUAAUAGUGAUAGGACAGUGAUCAGAUAAUCAACUAAUGGUUUAAUGUCAACUGAUCUGAUCAUCAAUUAAUACAGUAAUAUUUCAUUAUCGAUAUAUUAUCAUUUUUCUUUUUUAGAUAAAAAUUGUUUGAAGUCUACAUAUUAAACAUAAUGAAGAUGUCAGUUGUUGACAAAAUUCAUUUAUAUAAAUACACAAAUUCUAGGUAAGUUGGACAAUAUUUUACAGUUAAAUUCACAAAGCAAAAUGAAUAUGGGAGCAAUUGAGAAUUAUCAUUUUAUAGAAGUUAAAACAGUCAUUCUACAUGUAUUUCAAGAUCGACUAACUGUAACCUUUGUCCUAUUACUACAAUUAAUGUACUUGUAAUAUAUUGAAUGUUUUUGAAAGCAUGUCUGAAAUUAGUUGCCUGUAUUAUUUUUUGUGAAUCUCUGAAUUCCAUGCAUUUCAACAACAUUUGAUAUGCGAUAUGUGCCAUAUAUAUAAAUAAAGUGAUGUUAUGAAA